UGUGCUGGAGAAGAGAAUUGGGUGGACAGUCGGACCAUCUACGUGGGGCACAGGGAGCCCCCGCCAGGUGCUGAGGCCUACAUUCCACAGAGGUACCCAGACAACAGAAUAGUCUCCUCCAAGAAGUUAAGAAAACUGUCUUUCUGAGGCAAAAAUGAAAAGUUUGGAGAAUAAGUGGCGACAGAACCAUUUUCCCUGCUUACCUCUCCAUCCCCUCUCCCUCUCGUGUGUGUGGUGCUGACACAGAAACUUCCCUAUGUAGGAACCGGCUCCAGACUGAAUCAAGACCAUCUGUACACAUUUUGGAACUUUAUACCCAAGAACUUAUUUGAACAAUUCAGAAGAAUAGCCAACUUUUAUUUUCUUAUCAUAUUUCUGGUACAGUUGAUUAUUGAUACACCCACAAGUCCAGUAACGAGUGGACUUCCACUGUUCUUUGUCAUUACCGUCACAGCUAUCAAACAGGGCUAUGAAGACUGGCUACGCCAUAAAGCAGACAAUGCCAUGAACCAGUGCCCUGUUCAUUUCAUCCAGCAUGGCAAGCUGGUUCGGAAGCAGAGCCGAAAGCUGAGAGUUGGGGACAUCGUCAUGGUCAAGGAGGACGAGACCUUCCCCUGUGACUUGAUCUUUCUCUCCAGCAGCCGUGGAGAUGGGACCUGCCACGUGACAACUGCCAGCUUAGAUGGAGAAUCGAGUCACAAAACACAUUAUGCAGUUCAAGACACAAAGGGAUUUCAUACUGAAGAAGAUAUAGAUGGCCUCCACGCUACCAUUGAGUGUGAGCAGCCCCAGCCCGACCUCUACAAGUUUGUGGGCCGCAUAAAUGUUUACAAUGAUCAGAAUGACCCCGUGGUGAGGCCAUUAGGAUCGGAAAACUUGCUUCUUAGAGGAGCCACGCUAAAGAACACCGAGAAAAUAUUUGGUGUUGCUAUUUACACGGGCAUGGAAACCAAGAUGGCAUUAAAUUAUCAAUCAAAAUCCCAGAAACGAUCUGCUGUAGAAAAGUCAAUGAAUGUAUUCCUUAUUGUGUACCUCUGCAUUCUAAUCAGUAAAGCACUGAUAAAUACUGUCCUGAAAUAUGUAUGGCAGAGUGAACCAUUCCGAGAUGAGCCAUGGUAUAAUCAGAAAACCGAAUCAGAAAGACAGAGGAACCUGUUUCUCAGGGCGUUCACAGACUUCCUGGCCUUCAUGGUUUUGUUUAACUACAUCAUUCCCGUGUCCAUGUACGUCACGGUGGAGAUGCAGAAGUUCCUUGGCUCGUAUUUCAUCACCUGGGAUGAAGAAAUGUUUGACGAGGAAAUGGGGGAAGGGCCUCUGGUUAACACCUCGGACUUAAACGAAGAGUUAGGACAGGUGGAGUACGUCUUCACGGACAAGACUGGCACCCUCACGGAGAACAACAUGGAGUUCAAGGAGUGCUGCAUCGAGGGCCACGUCUACGUGCCCCACGUCGUCUGCAACGGGCAGGUCCUCCCCAGCGCUUCUGGCAUCGACAUGAUCGACUCUUCCCCAGGCGUCAGCGGGAGGGAGCGAGAAGAACUGUUUUUCCGGGCCAUCUGUCUGUGCCACACCAUCCAGGUGAAAGAUGACGAUGAUGUGGAUGGGCCCAGAAAGUCACCAGACUCAGGGAAAUCCUGUGUGUACAUAUCGUCCUCACCUGAUGAGGUGGCCUUAGUCGAGGGUGUCCAGAGACUUGGUUUUACGUACCUAAGGCUAAAGGACAAUUAUAUGGAGAUAUUAAAUAGGGACAAUGACAUUGAAAGGUUCGAAUUGCUGGAAAUUUUGAGUUUUGACUCAGUAAGGAGGAGAAUGAGUGUAAUUGUAAGAUCCACUACAGGAGAAAUUUAUCUGUUUUGCAAAGGAGCGGAUUCCUCCAUAUUUCCUCGAGUAAUAGAAGGCAAAGUUGAUCAGAUCCGAUCCAGAGUGGAACGCAAUGCUGUGGAGGGGCUUCGGACUUUGUGCGUUGCCUACAAAAGGCUCAUCCAAGAAGAAUAUGAAGGCAUUUGUAAACUGCUGCAGGCUGCUAAGGUGGCACUUCAAGAUCGAGAAAAGAAGUUAGCAGAAGCCUAUGAGCAGAUAGAGAAAGACCUUAUUCUGCUUGGCGCUACCGCUGUUGAGGAUCGGCUCCAGGAAAAAGCUGCUGACACCAUAGAAGCUCUGCAGAAGGCAGGGAUCAAAGUCUGGGUUCUUACUGGGGACAAAAUGGAGACAGCGGCAGCCACCUGCUAUGCGUGCAAACUCUUCAGGAGAAACACACAGUUGCUCGAGCUGACCACCAAGAAAAUUGAGGAACAGAGUUUACAUGACGUCCUGUUUGAGCUCAGUAAAACUGUCCUACGCUAUAGUGGCAGCUUAACCAGGGACAACCUCUCAGGACUUUCAACAGAUAUGCAAGACUACGGUUUAAUUAUUGAUGGAGCUGCGCUGUCUUUAAUAAUGAAACCCAGAGAAGAUGGAAGUUCCAGCAACUACAGAGAACUCUUCCUUGAGAUUUGCCGGAACUGCAGUGCCGUGCUCUGCUGCCGGAUGGCGCCUCUGCAGAAAGCCCAGAUUGUUAAAUUAAUCAAACUUUCAAAAGAGCACCCAAUUACGUUAGCAAUUGGUGAUGGUGCAAAUGACGUCAGCAUGAUUCUGGAAGCCCAUGUGGGCAUAGGUGUCAUUGGAAAGGAAGGUCGUCAGGCUGCAAGGAACAGUGACUAUGCAAUACCGAAAUUUAAGCAUUUAAAGAAGAUGCUACUUGUUCAUGGGCAUUUUUAUUACAUUAGGAUAUCCGAGCUUGUGCAAUACUUCUUUUAUAAGAAUGUCUGCUUCAUUUUCCCUCAGUUUUUAUACCAGUUCUUCUGUGGGUUUUCACAACAGACUCUGUACGACACCGCCUACCUGACACUGUACAACAUCAGUUUCACUUCCCUCCCGAUUCUCUUGUACAGCCUGAUGGAGCAGCACGUCAGCAUAGACACGCUCAAGAGGGACCCUUCCCUCUACAGAGAUAUCGCCAAGAACGCUCUACUCCGCUGGCGAGUGUUCAUUUACUGGACAUUCUUAGGAGUAUUUGACGCUCUGGUGUUUUUCUUUGGUGCUUACUUCAUGUUUGAAAAUACAACAGUGACCAGCAAUGGACAGAUAUUUGGAAACUGGACCUUCGGGACGCUGGUGUUCACUGUGAUGGUAUUUACUGUCACCCUAAAGCUGGCGUUAGACACACACUACUGGACUUGGAUAAACCAUUUUGUUAUCUGGGGGUCACUGCUAUUUUACAUCGUCUUUUCCCUCCUCUGGGGAGGAAUUAUCUGGCCAUUCCUCAAUUAUCAAAGGAUGUACUAUGUGUUCAUAAAGAUGUUGUCCAAUGGCCCUGCCUGGCUGACCAUCAUCCUGCUCAUCACCGUCAGCCUCCUUCCUGAUGUUCUCAAGAAAGUCCUGUGCAGGCAGCUGUGGCCCAGCGCCACAGAGAGAGUCCAGAGCAUGUGCACACGGAGUCAGGAGCACCUCUCAAAAGUCAGCUGUCUUGCCUCUCUGCACAGCCCCACCCUCUUGGCCAUGCGGCCAAGCUUCUGCUCUAAACAGAUGACAUUACCGUGCCCAGAGAGCAAGGAGUGCUCGGUCCUCCCUCCCAUAGUCGGUGUCUCAAACAACCAUCGCCAUCCCAGUUGGAGACCCUACUGCCAUGGGCCCUGUGGGGAGACACCUGGCGAACAGAUCACCACCAGUUUAAGCCUUUAAGAACCACACCUCGAGUGUGUGUGUUGUGCACAUAUGUGCUUUUCCUCUGCCCCCGAAGGAGGAGGAAGGGGCAACAGGACCUUCCUGGCAGUUGAUCGAGCACUUUGUUGUCAUUUCUUGCAAGUCUGGUAGCCUCGUGCAUUGAGUUGGACGUGCACAGGUUCUGGUGCAUUCGACUGUGCAGAGAGGCUCUGUGUCUGCGCCCUCCGUCAUCUCCGCCACAUGCAUCGCCUGAGGGGGACCUCUGCUUGGAGAUUGGCAGUCCAGCUUCAAGUGGGAGGCAGUCACACCCACCAACCGCCAUUUAAGCACAGACGUGACUCGCCCUCACCGUGGGACAGAUGGGUCAGGGCUCUGCGCUUUCUCCAGAGCCCUCUGAUAUUUCUGCUUUUGGCACAGACACACAAAUAACCAUGUAUCCAUUCCCUGUUAGAGUCGCAGACCAUGCCGUUGCUUUUGUUCAGAACCCUCCACAUACUGAAGCUGAUUUUUAGGCUUGUGCCUGAUUCAAAGUUCAUUUCUCUGAGGGAGAUGUUACCCCUGUAUGUUUUGCGGUAUCUUUGAGUGUUUUCUUGUCUCCUCUUUUCCUGUCUCCUAACUGCCUCUGUGGAGGGGGGGCGGGGAGGGGAAGAGUAUUCACAUGGGAGGAAUAGGUAGGUAAUAGUGUUCAUUUAACCUUUCCUAGUACAAGUUUUGAGAUAUUUAUCUUCACACUCCCAAGGAUAAAGCUUUUCAGUUUACUAUUGUUGGGAAAUGUUUAUUUCGUUGGUCUUAGGGGAAGGGUGGUAGUUUGGGGUAUGCAGGACAGAUAUCUGGCUGUGAUGGUCAGACCUCCUUUCAACAUCCUCAUCUAGAGGUGGCCUCUAGGGGCGGUGUUCAUCUUCCAAAAUCUAUUUCAGGCCAACAAGUGUCUAACAGCGAGAUGGCCUGUGAGUUUUAAAAAGCAAUAUCGCCAUCCCAGA